AUGAGCAACUUCUUGGAAGACGACUGGCCUGAACAGUACAAGACACCGUUUUCCCAUUACAGCAACCCGUUCGAUCACACACCUACGUUGACUCUACCACCGUCUACUUCGAGCGUGGCUCAUGGCUCGGGGUACCUCCAGCCGCGAAUGAGCCCUGCUUUUGGCCAUGGCGUUGAGGAUCUCAUCUUUACAGCCGUGACCAGCGGCUCAAUGGAAGGGCUGGGAAUUAGCCAUGCCACGGCCAAUCCCCCUUCUCGCGCUACUCUGUCCGGUGUUUCCAGUCCCAGUCUGGGCAUGUCGAACAAGACGGCAUGGUAUGAUCAAUCCGCAACGUCUCGGGUUCGAUCAUUCACCGCUCCAGCACCACAAUCUAUGCCACCAACACCUCAGACGUCUGCUUUGCCACCUACUCUCAUAUCACAACCUGUCCCAAUCGCCCCUCAUCCUGCCAGUGCGCCUUUGCGGCUCGGCAAACGCCUACGAAAUGAUGAUCAGUCUGAGACGGGGAGAUCGCCGCAACGCCACCGCUCGAAUAGCAACCAGAAUUCGCAAUUUUCUGGAGCCAAUCGUCCUCAAACCGAGCUUUCAGAAGAAGAUCAACUUUUAUUAAAACUCAAACACGAGGAGAAUCUGCCAUGGAAGGACAUCGCUAGAGAGUUUGAGACUCGGCUGGGACGCACGUAUCAAGUACCAGCACUGCAGAUGCGACAUAAGCGCCUACGUGAGCGGCUACGGACCUGGACGGAAGAUGACAUUUCGGCGCUCGAAGCCGCUUACGAUUAUUGGGAGAAGUCGAAAUUCGAAAUUGUUGCGCAAAAGAUGCUCGAGUUUGGCGCUCAGGAAAAAUGGCCUGCAAAAUACUGCGAACGUAAAUGGGAAGAGCUUCAUCCCGAGACCGCUAGUGCGACGUCGAACAUUCCCACCCCAGGCCACCAGGGAGCCUUACAGCUGGGGCCCUCAGCAGCUCCAUCCACUGAUAAUUGGAUGCCACAAGAUCAAGGGUCGGAAUUCGAGUACAGCCAAUCCACACCUUCCAUUACAAUGAUAUCGAGGAGCCCCGUCACUUUUGCCACUCCAGUGAUCAACCGAAGUCCUGUGCAGCGAAGUCCUGUGCCGGCCAAAAAUGAGCACAAAUUCGAGCAAUGA